AGACCAGCUUUGAAUGCAUGUGUGCUUGUCAUUCCCAGGCAUUGUAGGAUUGGUUCCUGCCUCCCAUUCAUGUAACCUGUGUGUGUCUCUCUUUCUCUCUGUGUAUGUGUGUAACGGAGGGAGAGAGAGGGAGAGAGAGGCAAGGAGAGGAGGGGAGGGGGGUGGAAGCUUUAAAUAAAGCCUUUGGAUUGCAGCUGCUUGUACUGGGCAGCCUUACCAGGGACACUUUCUGCCAGGGAAGAAGCUGGACCGGUCUGUGUGGUGGUGGUGGUGGUGGUGGUAUUGUUCCUCUGCCUCUUUUUAGGAUGAGCUCCUGUGCCUGGCUGUAGUUGCCCACUUUGGGAUCCUGCUGAGGAGCUGUACCUAUAAGUGGCUUUGCACUGGGGAAGCCUGCAGACAUGGUAGACUGAGAUUAACACAUGUCCAGUUUGAAAUUGCAUACUUCAAGGAGUAUUUGAUGGAUUAUUCCUAGAUACUUCAAAAAGUUUCACAUUGAAGCCUUGAGGGAAGCCCACAGCUUUUGAAAACUCUCUGCUUUGAUAUUAUUCCAAUCCAGUUGCCACACAGACACUAUAAUUUUAAUGUUGAAGACUCAGACGAGGGGGCCAUGGAUGUGAAGGAAAGGAAACCGUACCGAUCUCUGACCAGGCGCCGCGACACAGAGCGCCGCUACACCAGCUCUUCGGCAGAGAGCGAAGAUAACAAAAUACCCCAGAAGUCCUACAGCUCCAGUGAGACUCUGAAAGCUUAUGAUCAAGAUUCCAGGUUGACCUACAGUAAUCGGGUCAAAGACAUGGUACACCAGGAGGCUGAUGAAUUUUGCCGAACAGGAGCCAACUUCUCUCUGCGAGAGCUGGGCCUGGAGGAUGUGAACCCCACCCAUGGGACUUUAUACAGGACUGAGAUGGGGCUGCCCCACUGCGGCUACUCGAUCAGUGCCGGCUCCGAUGCUGACACGGAGGCCGAUGCAGCCAUGUCCCCAGAGCCCCCGGUGAGACUCUGGGGGCGCAGCACCAAGUCGGGCCGCAGCUCCUGUUUGUCGAGCCGCGCCAACUCCAACCUCACGCUUACCGACACGGAGCAUGAAAACACCGAAACCGGUCCUCCCUUGCAUUGUUCAUCCGCUUCAUCAACCCCUAUUGAGCAGUCCCCUUCCCCUCCCCCUUCCCCACCGGCCAAUGAGAGCCAGAGAAGGUUGCUAGGCAAUGGUGUGGCCCAGCCAACCCAGGACUCUGACUCUGAGGAAGAGUUUGUCCCUAAUUCAUUCUUAGUUAAAAGUGGCUCUGGAAACCUCUGUGUCCCUGCCAAUGAUCAUCCACCGAAUCUUCAGAACCAUCCAAGACUUCGGACUCCUCCACCUCCAAUAUCACAUGCUCACACACCAAAUCAGCAUCAUGCGGCCUCCAUCAACUCCCUGAACAGAGGGAACUUUACUCCCCGCAGCAACCCCAGCCCUGCUCCUACCGAUCACUCUCUUUCUGGAGACCAGCCAGCCAGCACCCAAGAGCCAGCCCAUGCUCAGGACAACUGGUUACUCAACAGUAACAUCCCACUGGAGACAAGAAACAUAGCAAAGCAGACAUUCCUAGAGACAUUGCAGGACAACCUCAUUGAGAUGGACAUUCUCACCUCCUCCCGACAUGACGGUGCUUACAAUGAUGGGCACUUCCUGUUUAAACCUGGAGGCACCUCGCCCCUCUUUUGUACAACGUCGCCAGGAUACCCCCUGACGUCCAGCACUGUGUACUCACCUCCCCCUAGGCCCCUUCCCAGAAGUACAUUCUCUAGGCCUGCCUUUAACCUGAAGAAGCCCUAUAAGUACUGUAACUGGAAAUGUGCCGCUCUGAGUGCCAUUAUCAUCUCAGUCACCCUCGUGAUCCUGCUGGCAUAUUUUAUCGCCAUGCACCUGUUUGGCCUAACCUGGCACCUGCAGCCGAUGGAAGGGCAGAUGUAUGAAAUCACGGAAGACACAUCCAGCAGUUGGCCAGUGCCAACGGACGUCUCCUUAUAUCCCUCAGGGGGCACAGGGUUAGAGUUACCUGACAGGAAAGGCAAAGGACCCAGCGAAGGAAAGCCCAGUAGUUUCUUUCCAGACGACAGUUUUAUAGACUCCGGAGAAAUUGAUGUUGGCAGACGAGCCACACAGAAGAUUCCUCCUGGUAUCUUUUGGAGAUCUCAGGUGUUCAUUGAUCACCCAGUACAUCUGAAGUUCAAUGUGUCGCUGGGAAAGGCUGCUCUGGUUGGCAUCUAUGGCAGAAAGGGCCUUCCUCCUUCACAUACGCAGUUUGACUUUGUGGAGCUCCUUGAUGGGCGACGUCUGCUUACCCAGGAGGCGAGGAGCUUGGAAGGACCUCAGCGGCAACACAGAGGCUUUGUGCCCAUGUCCAGCCAUGAGACAGGAUUUAUCCAGUAUUUGGAUUCAGGAAUAUGGCACCUGGCCUUCUACAAUGACGGGAAAGAGUCUGAGGUGGUUUCUUUUCUUACGACUGCCAUUGAAUCCAUGGAUAACUGUCCCAGUAACUGCUAUGGAAAUGGAGACUGCGUGUCUGGGACCUGCCAUUGCUUCCUUGGCUUUCUGGGCCCUGAUUGUGGCCGAGCAUCUUGUCCAGUCCUGUGCAGUGGGAAUGGACAGUACAUGAAGGGGAGGUGCCUGUGCCACAGUGGCUGGAAAGGGGCAGAAUGUGACGUUCCAACUAACCAGUGCAUAGAUGUCUCCUGCAAUAACCAUGGCACGUGCAUCAUGGGGACCUGUAUCUGCAACCCAGGAUAUAAAGGCGAGAGCUGUGAAGAAGUGGACUGCAUGGACCCCACCUGUUCUGGACGAGGCGUGUGCGUUCGGGGAGAAUGUCACUGCUCUGUUGGCUGGGGAGGAACCAAUUGUGAGACUCCAAGAGCUACCUGUUUGGACCAAUGCUCCGGUCACGGGACCUUCCUGCCUGAUACCGGGCUCUGCAGCUGUGACCCCAACUGGACUGGACAUGAUUGCUCAAUCGAGAUUUGUGCAGCGGACUGCGGAGGACAUGGCAUUUGUGUCGGAGGCACCUGCCGCUGCGAGGAGGGUUGGAUGGGCACAGCCUGUGAUCAGCGGGCGUGUCACCCACGCUGCAAUGAGCAUGGGACAUGCCGGGACGGCAAGUGUGAAUGCAGCCCAGGCUGGAACGGAGAGCACUGCACUAUUGAGGGGUGCCCAGGCUUGUGCAACGGCAAUGGGAGAUGCACUCUGGACAUGAAUGGCUGGCACUGCGUCUGCCAACUGGGCUGGAGAGGAGCGGGCUGUGACACUUCCAUGGAGACAGCCUGCGGGGACGGAAAAGACAACGAUGGAGAUGGCUUGGUGGACUGCAUGGACCCAGACUGCUGCUUGCAGCCUUUGUGUCACAUUAACUCGCUGUGCCUGGGCUCCCCUGACCCCCUGGAUAUCAUACAGGAGACGCAAGCCCCCAUAUUGCAGCAGAACUUGCACUCGUUCUAUGACCGAAUCAAGUUCCUGGUUGGCAAGGACAGCACUCACGUCAUUCCUGGAGAGAAUCCAUUUGAAGGAGGGCAUGCGUGUGUGAUUCGAGGUCAGGUGAUGACAGCAGACGGGACCCCUCUGGUCGGAGUGAACAUCAGCUUUGUCAACAACCCUCUUUUUGGCUACACAAUCAGCAGGCAAGAUGGCAGCUUUGAUCUUGUCACUAUCGGCGGGAUCUCCAUUAUCCUCCACUUUGAGCGGGCUCCUUUCAUCACUCAAGAACACACACUGUGGCUGCCUUGGGAUCGCUUUUUUGUAAUGGAAACCAUUGUCAUGAGGCACGAAGAGAAUGAGAUUCCAAGCUGUGAUCUCAGCAACUUCGCCCGCCCCAACCCCAUUGUCUCCCCAUCCCCGCUGACAGCAUUUGCAAGCUCCUGUUCGGAGAAAGGCCCCAUUGUUCCUGAAAUCCAGGCCUUGCAAGAGGAGAUUAACAUUUCCGGCAGUAAAAUAAAGCUGAGCUACCUGAGCAGUCGCACAGCUGGCUACAAAUCAGUCUUGAGGAUCAGCAUGACGCAUCCCACCAUCCCCUUCAACCUCAUGAAAGUCCACCUCAUGGUGGCCGUCGAGGGACGCCUCUUCAGGAAAUGGUUUGCUGCUGCCCCGGACCUCUCCUACUACUUCAUCUGGGACAAGACAGACGUGUACAGUCAGAAGGUGUAUGGGCUGUCGGAGGCCUUCGUUUCUGUGGGCUAUGAAUAUGAAUCAUGUCCUGACCUGAUCCUAUGGGAGAAGAGGACAGCAGUGCUUCAGGGCUAUGAAAUCGAUGCUUCCAAGCUUGGAGGAUGGUCCUUGGACAAGCAUCAUGCUCUUAACAUACAGAGCGGCAUCUUGCAUAAAGGAAACGGUGAAAACCAGUUUAUCUCUCAGCAGCCGCCUGUCAUCGGAAGCAUUAUGGGCAACGGACGCCGGCGGAGCAUUUCCUGUCCAAGCUGUAAUGGCCUGGCAGAUGGUAACAAGCUCCUGGCUCCUGUUGCCCUAACAUGUGGAUCAGAUGGAAGCCUUUAUGUUGGAGACUUCAACUACAUCCGAAGGAUCUUUCCCUCUGGCAAUGUCACCAACAUACUGGAGCUCAGCCACAGCCCAGCACAUAAGUAUUACCUGACAACAGACCCAAUCACUGGCUCCAUCUACCUCUCUGACACUAACAGCCGGCGCAUCUACAAGAUCAAGUCAACCACAGCCGUGAAGGAUAUUGUCAAGAAUUCAGAGGUGGUGGCAGGGACUGGGGAUCAGUGCCUUCCUUUUGAUGACACCCGCUGCGGAGAUGGGGGCAAAGGCACCGAGGCUACGCUGACUAACCCCCGGGGCAUCACUGUGGACAAGUUUGGGCUGAUUUAUUUUGUGGAUGGCACCAUGAUCAGACGCAUUGACCAGAAUGGCAUCAUCUCGACCAUGCUAGGUUCCAACGACCUGACAUCUGCCAGGCCCCUUAGCUGCGACUCUGUCAUGGACAUUUCUCAGGUUCGUCUAGAGUGGCCCACAGACCUGGCAGUCAACCCAAUGGAUAAUUCCCUGUAUGUCCUCGACAAUAAUGUUGUGUUGCAGAUCUCUGAGAAUCACCAAGUGCGCAUUGUGGCAGGAAGGCCUAUGCACUGUCAGGUCCCAGGCAUUGACCACUUCCUCCUCAGCAAAGUGGCGAUCCAUGCCACCUUGGAAUCUGCUACAGCUUUGGCUGUUUCUCAUAACGGGGUCCUGUACAUCGCUGAGACGGAUGAGAAGAAGAUCAACCGCAUCAGGCAGGUCACCACCAACGGAGAGAUCUCUCUUGUUGCUGGUGCGCCAAGCAGCUGCGACUGCAAGAAUGAUGCCAACUGUGACUGCUUCUCUGGGGAUGAUGGGUAUGCAAAAGAUGCCAAGCUCAAUGCCCCUUCCUCCCUGGCAGUGUGUGCAGAUGGGGAGUUGUAUGUUGCCGAUCUUGGAAAUAUCCGAAUCCGCUUCAUUCGGAAGAACAAGCCAUUCCUCAACACACAGAACCUAUACGAGCUGUCCUCCCCUAUAGACCAGGAGCUCUACUUGUUUGACACCAGCGGUAAACACCUUUAUACCCAGAGCCUUACCACAGGAGAUUACCUCUACAAUUUCACCUACUCGGGAGAUGGAGACAUAACCCUGAUCACUGAUAACAACGGUAACUUAGUCAAUAUUCGGAGGGAUUCCACUGGAAUGCCACUCUGGCUAGUGGUGCCAGAUGGCCAGGUCUACUGGGUGACAAUUGGCACCAACAGCGCACUCAAGAGUGUGACAAUGCAAGGGCAUGAAGUGGCCAUGAUGACGUACCAUGGCAACUCUGGUCUUCUUGCCACCAAGAGCAAUGAAAAUGGAUGGACAACGUUUUAUGAGUACGACAGCUUUGGGCGCCUCACUAACGUGACGUUCCCCACGGGCCAAGUCAGCAGCUUCCGCAGCGAUACCGACAGCUCCGUGCACGUCCAGGUCGAGACAUCCAGCAAGGACGAUGUGACCAUAACAACCAAUCUAUCCGCCUCGGGUGCCUUCUACACCCUCCUGCAAGACCAAGUCCGCAACAGCUACUACAUAGGUGCUGAUGGUUCUCUACGGCUGAUGCUUGCUAAUGGCAUGGAGGUGGCACUGCAGACCGAGCCCCACCUCCUGGCUGGCACGGUGAACCCAACAGUGGGGAAGAGGAACGUGACUCUGCCCAUUGAUAACGGCCUCAAUCUGGUUGAGUGGAGGCAGCGGAAGGAGCAAGCCAGAGGGCAGGUCACCGUCUUCGGGCGCAGGCUGCGGGUGCACAACAGGAACUUGCUAUCCUUGGAUUUCGAUCGCGUAACCAGAACAGAAAAAAUCUAUGAUGAUCAUCGCAAGUUCACACUGCGGAUCCUGUAUGACCAAGCAGGGAGGCCCAGCCUCUGGUCUCCUAGCAGCAGACUGAACGGCGUAAAUGUGACAUAUUCCUCCGGGGGACAUAUUGCAGGCAUCCAGAGAGGAACGAUGUCAGAGAGGAUGGAGUAUGAUCAGUCAGGCAGAAUUAUAUCCAGAAUCUUUGCUGAUGGAAAAUCAUGGAGCUACACUUACUUAGAGAAGUCCAUGGUGCUGCUUCUUCACAGCCAGAGGCAGUAUAUCUUUGAGUUUGAUAAGAAUGAUCGAUUGUCAUCUGUGACAAUGCCCAACGUUGCCCGACAGACCUUGGAAACCAUCCGCUCUAUCGGGUACUACAGGAACAUCUAUAAGCCUCCGGAGGGCAAUGCCUCAGUCAUUCAGGAUUUCACUGAGGAAGGGCAACUCCUUCAUACCCUGUACAUGGGGACAGGGAGGCGAGUCAUCUACAAGUAUGGGAAGUUAUCCAAGCUAGCUGAAAUGCUCUACGACACCACAAAGAUCAGCUUCACUUACGACGAGACCGCAGGCAUGUUGAAAACAAUCAACCUGCAAAAUGAGGGGUUCACCUGCACAAUCAGAUACAGGCAGAUUGGCCCACUCAUAGACCGCCAGAUCUUCCGCUUCACUGAGGAAGGUAUGGUGAACGCCCGCUUUGACUACAAUUAUGACAACAGCUUUAGGGUGACCAGCAUGCAAGCAGUAAUCAACGAAACACCAUUACCCAUCGAUCUCUACAGAUAUGAUGAUGUGUCAGGCAAAACAGAGCAGUUUGGUAAAUUUGGGGUCAUCUACUAUGACAUCAAUCAGAUCAUCACUACCGCCGUUAUGACUCACACCAAACACUUUGAUGCCUAUGGCAGAAUGAAAGAGGUUCAGUAUGAGAUAUUCAGGUCACUCAUGUACUGGAUGACUGUGCAGUAUGACAACAUGGGAAGAGUGGUGAAAAAGGAGUUGAAAGUUGGUCCAUACGCCAACACGACACGGUACUCUUAUGAGUAUGAUGCUGAUGGCCAGCUGCAGACCGUGUCUAUCAAUGACAAACCACUUUGGCGUUACAGUUACGAUCUAAAUGGAAACCUCCAUUUGCUUAGCCCUGGGAACAGUGCCCGCCUUACCCCGCUCAGGUACGAUCUCAGGGACAGGAUUACAAGACUAGGGGAUGUGCAGUACAAAAUGGAUGAAGACGGUUUCCUAAAACAAAGAGGGAAUGACGUUUUUGAGUACAACUCAGCUGGCUUGCUCAUCAAAGCCUACAAUAAAGCAAGUGGAUGGAGUGUGAAAUAUCGAUAUGAUGGCCUUGGAAGGAGAGUCUCUAGCAAAACAAGCCAUGGCCAUCAUUUACAGUUUUUCUAUGCAGACCUAACCAACCCCACCAAAGUCACCCACUUGUACAACCAUUCAAGUUCUGAGAUCACCUCCCUCUACUAUGACCUGCAAGGCCACCUCUUUGCAAUGGAGCUCAGCAGUGGAGAUGAGUUCUACAUCGCUUGUGAUAACAUUGGGACCCCUCUGGCUGUCUUCAGUGGGACAGGCUUAAUGAUCAAGCAGAUCUUAUACACGGCAUAUGGGGAAAUCUACAUGGACACCAAUCCCAAUUUCCAAAUCAUCAUUGGCUACCAUGGAGGCCUGUAUGACCCUCUCACUAAGCUCAUCCACAUGGGCAGGAGAGACUAUGACGUGCUAGCUGGGCGGUGGACGAGUCCAGACCACAACUUGUGGAAACAUCUGAGCAGCAACAACAUAAUGCCUUUCAACCUUUAUAUGUUCAAAAACAACAACCCUAUUAGCAAUUCUCAGGAUAUCAAAUGUUACAUGACAGAUGUCAACAGCUGGCUGCUCACCUUUGGGUUCCAACUUCACAAUGUUAUCCCUGGAUAUCCCAAGCCGGAUAUGGAUGCAAUGGAGCCAUCAUACGAGCUUAUUCACACACAGAUGAAGACCCAAGAGUGGGACAACAGCAAGUCAAUCUUGGGGGUGCAGUGCGAAGUGCAGAAACAGCUGAAGGCCUUCGUCACGUUGGAACGCUUCGAACAAAUUUACAGCUCCAGCAUUGCCGGGUGCCGACAAGUCAAGGAGAACAACAGGUUUGCCUCAGGAGGGUCUAUCUUCGGGAAAGGAGUAAAGUUUGCCAUGAAGGACGGGCGAGUGGCCACCGACAUCAUCAGCAUGGCCAACGAGGACGGGCGGAGAAUCGCAGCCAUCCUGAACAAUGCCCACUACCUGGAGAACUUGCACUUCACCAUAGAUGGAGUGGACACGCACUAUUUCAUUAAGCAAGGGCCAUCGGAAAGUGACCUGUCCAUCCUGGGCCUCAGUGGCGGGCGGCGAACCCUGGAGAACGGCGUGAAUGUGACGGUGUCCCAAAUCAACACAGUGCUUAGUGGAAGGACUAGACGCUACACAGACAUCCAGCUCCAGUACGGCGCGCUGUGUCUAAACACCCGCUAUGGGACCACCUUGGAUGAAGAGAAGGCCCGCAUCCUGGAGCUGGCCAGGCAGCGCGCUGUCACCCAGGCCUGGGCCAGGGAGCAGCAGAGACUGCGGGAUGGGGAGGAGGGCAUUCGCUCGUGGACAGAAGGGGAGAAGCAGCAGGUGCUUAACACAGGUCGGGUACAGGCCUACGAUGGCUACUUUGUGAUCUCAGUGGAGCAGUACCCAGAACUGUCAGACAGCGCCAACAACAUCCAUUUUAUGAGACAGAGCGAAAUGGGCAGAAGGUGACAUAGAGGGUCCAGACGCUGACUUCUUGCCAAAGACAGCUACUCUUUUGUGGCCACUUACAUGACUGUGUUGUACUCAAUCCUUUUUCUAAAAACAAGCAAGGCAGGGGGAGGAAAAGAGAGAGAGAGAGAGAUGAUAACACGGUUGCACUGUAACUCAUGCAACGUACCUUUUUCUUUCCUUUUCUUUUCUUUCAAAUUUGGCCUUCACGCGGUUUUUGCAAUGAACAGAAGGUAUGUUUUGCCGUUGCGUGAUCACAGUGAAAUUUGCUGUCUUUUGUCCUCCCCGCCCCAACCCCGCAACCUUGUGAGGAAUUUCAAGUGGGGAGUCGUCAACGUACGUCCGUAGGUUACUCGAUGUGAAGUGAGAAAUGGGUGUCUGUGCUAACUCGUUUCAUCCUAACCGUUGCCGAUUUGGGACAGGGAGAGAGAAGCCUCUCGCCCAAGGAACAAGGACGGGGGCCAAAGCGGAAGAUGACACUGAUUCCGAACCUCUUAACGUGACUGUCUGAAUCGUGUGCCUCAAAAGAGAACUUACCAGUAGUUUUCACGUUUCACUUGGGACAAAGUAUUUUUGGGCUCCUGCUGUGCAGAAGUAGAUUAUAGAGGCAAAGGAGCUGAUUAUAUUAACUUGCAAGAUGAUUCUCUUCCUUCCUGAACUGGAAUAAAAAAAAAAAAUCAGUCUUUUUUCAUUAUGAGAGUAGGUUUUUUUAUUUUAUUUUAUUUUAUUUUUUGGUGCGUGUGCAAAUCCUGUUUUUAGUUAAAAUCCAGUAAAGGCCAAGAAAGAUGUUCCCGCUUUACUAUGAAAAGCAAAAAAAACAAACCUCUCUGUCUUGCACAGAGCUGUUAAGAGGUGGAUUGAAUACACCGAAGUUGUACAUUUGUUAACCUCAUUAAAUGUAUAGUAUUUCAGGUCACCAGGUUACAUGGACAGCAGUCCGCUGUCCUGUGUCUGAUAAAGGAAGUUAAUUUUUAGGAAACUAAUUUGAAUUUUGUGUUCAAGUGAUAGACCAUUGAAAAGUCAAACUCUGUCAUUCCUGCUUUUGGGGGUUGUUUUUAAUUGGCCUGAAAAUUAAGCAACACUCUGGCAAGUCAUUCAAUCAUGACUAUGGCAAAUAGAUAACAGUCUCUCUGGGAUUUUUGGCAGUGGGCAUUUUAAAAUGUUUACUAAGCAGCAACAGCAUGCAACUGGUAGGAUAAGGAGGAAAAUAUCAGACCCAUCGUCUAACUGUUCCUAGUCCCUGGAGUUUGAAUUAAAGGAAUAGCCCAGGUGAGUGCUAGUUGUGACAAGGAGGCGUUGUAACAGAAAGGCCCGCUGCAGAGGAGACCAAGCAGUUUAAUAAGAAACUGCUGACGAAGUUGCUCGGCAUGCUAAUGUAAUUUAUAUUCAUGUAACCCCCUUGCUCUGAUUUCUGCAAGAGUCCUUGUGAUUCGAGUGAACGAGGAGACUGAUCUAAACCUUUCUAUCUGAGUUGGGUGGGGAUGUGGGACAUCUCUGUGCUAAGAGAAAAUGAAGCAUCACAACAUCCAGACCUCUGGGUAAAAUUGCUCCAGAACAGACCAAUGUCUCACAUUCUCCCUGUGACUUCUUGAACUUUCACCCUUGCUCGUAGCCUUUAUGAAGGCCCUGAAAUGUUUCAGUUCCUUUGCUCCCAGGUUCGAAACAGAGGCCGACUCUGGCUUGUCUGAGCCCAACAAGGGAGAGUUUUUCAAGCUCUUCUUUGGCAUAUGCAGUCCUACAAGCCGCUGAGAUCACUCCCUCACCCACGCUCCCACUACAGCCCAGCCCCAUCAGUCCUGCCUUCCUCCAAAAAAAGAUGUCCCUGUUUCUGCUCAGGCCUAUGCCAACCAUGCAAGUUUGAGGGAGAGGGUAUCCUGCUGGACCAAUGAGUAGAGAAAAUGGUGGUAAUCUCAAUCCUAUCUUGGCAUUGCCCAAGAGGCUGCUGGACAUCUCCCAAGAGACUUUGCUCACUAAAAUUUCCAACGCAGUGCUUCAAACCCAAACCCACUGUAAGUGCCAGGUGCUAACAUUCACUGAGCCCAAGGGAUGUUACAAAGUGGAUGGCAUUCCACUAUCCCCUGUGUCCAUGGGGGCGAAGGACACCAAGAGGGGUUCAACUGCAACAGUAGACAUUUAGGUUGGAGGUAUUAGGACAAACCAUGUAACUGAGGGCCAGUGAAGCAGAUUACCCAGAGAGGGAGAGACCUCCUGAGGGAUCCUCCAUCUUUAUUUGUCUGUGAUUCAAACCCAGAUUCUUGCACGGUUCACCCUGUCACUAAUCCUCCUCCACAGUCAUGGCCUUUCCUGAGUCCUCCCGACUUCCUGGAAGGAAGGUGUGUCUGUGAGAAGGUGUAACCCAGUGUUAUUAGUUAAACUCCCCUUGCAGAACGGGAGAACUGGCUACCGGGAAGCAGCCUUUGCAAGGGAAUAGCCAGAAGCUGGGUGGAGGUCUUAAAACAGCAGGCCAUUGUGUCUGAGCACUUUUGCUACUGCAUGGAGGAGCAUAGGAGGCAGUGCACACAGCCAAAGCCAGGGAAAACUGUGCAGAAAUGAGGCAUGGCCCAAAUUCAAGGACAGUGUGCUGCAAAAUAGGUAGAUCCUUUGGUCCUGGUUACAUUUCUCUGUGUAUGUAGAUGAAUGAGAAGAGCGGGAAUGCACCAGGAUCUAGUCCCAUCGGCUUGUUACAAGGAGAAUGGAAGUGUUAUGAGGGUCAGCGGGCUACACUGACAUGGAGGAGAAGGGACAUUCACGUGAGAUUUUUUUUUUAAGACCCAGAUAGACAAAGCCUUGGCUGGGAUGAUCUAGUUGGGGCUGGUCCUGCUUUGAGCAGGGGGUUGGACUAGAUGUGACCUUCUGAGGGCCCUUCCAACCCUCAUUUUCUAUGACUCUAUAAAAUACCUCAUUGCAAACCCUGCUGGACUGUGAGGCCACUUUCACAGCUUUAUACAGUCUGUCAAGAUUAUUAGACAAGUUAAUACCCUGGAAUCAGCUUCCAGCUAUUCUUGAGUCUCACCUACCCACUGCACUCAUCAUGCCUGUAGGCAGGAGCUGGCCAGAGCCACGCCAUGGCCAAAGCCACACAAGUUGGCUUUAACUCUACAUGUGCAAGCAGGGUGUAGAGGUGCCUGGCUUCCCACUGAAAGCCGGGGAGGCCUGUAGCAGAAGCUCUGUGUAGCACACCAGAAAUACAAGGGUUGUUCUGAAUCACUGGUCCUACUCUAGACACUUAAAAAGCCCUUUAAAACCAAGGGACAUUGCUCUCAUUCUAGCUGGGCCAAACCUAUACUGUCCUAAUGAGACAGCUGAUGAUGUAGGUCUGCAGCUAGACACAAAGGCAUGAAGAAGCAGCUGAGGGUGUAGGGGAGUGGGUUUCAUCUUAUCAUCAGGGCACAGCAAUAUGAUGGACUAGUUGCAGUUUUGAAGCUACUCCCUGGAGCAGACAGAGCGAUGUGUGUGCUGCAGGUCUGUGGAGGCAAGCGGCUGCUUUUUCAUCAUGGGCAGUAGGUGCUUGUGCCUUUGGCCCCAGGGGUGGCAGGUUCAGUCCUGACGACUGGUCACCCCCUCUAGCAUCCUGGCUCCGAACACUCAUUAGCCUGCCAGCCCAUGCCGUCGUAUGGAGCAGCUGACUUCAGCUUUUGGCAUUGCCAGUGCUCCUUUCAGCCCCCUGAAGAAGUCCUGCCAGUCUCUCCAGGGAUCCUCCAGCAGCUUGAACCAAGGGAUGCUAGCUAAAAGUGAUCGUUUUUGAUCUGCCAUGGUUGACCUUUAGCCUAGGUGUCCUAAGGUCUCCUAACUGAGCUCCAACACAGCACUAAGUCCCACAAAAUUCCCCCGCUGGCCUGGCCUCUAUUUAUAGAGAUCCUGCAGGCUCAACUCCCCCUCUCCCUGCCCCACCAUAAGUAAUUAUUACUGGUGAUGAAAUGAGUUUAUCUGGAAGCAGAAGCAGAGCAGGCAGUGACCUGGACCAGAGUCAGAGCCCUGGAGCCCAGCACAAAUAAAUUUGGCUUGUCCAUUAACAAUCCAGACAAUGGACCAUUCAGCCCUACCUGAAGGGAGCUCAGGCUCAGGGAAGGAUUCCCAUAGUUUCCCCCGCCCCACCACCUUGUUCAUCCACCACGGCCAGGGCUCGUCAUAAAUGUUUUUUCCUUAACAAACUUGGCUUCUCGCUUACUCUCAUUUAUUCCGAAGGCAGCACGUUUGUGCAGCAGUUUCAGCCCCUGCUUGACUAAUUUAGCACAACAAGAAGUCCUAAAAUGUUUGUUUCUUCCAAGCUUUUUUUUAUUUUUUUGGACAGAAAUGUUCUGUACCCAGAGCUUGGAAAAAAAUCAUUAAGCCCCAGUGACCGGAGGGAAUCAUACAAUGCAUCAUAUCUUUGUCAUCCCUGCUAUUGAUCAGAGGCACAGUGAAAAUGGGCCAACAAAUCUAAAAAAAAAUACCAUGCGAGAACAGAUUAGAUGGAGGCCGUUAAGAGACCUGGUGCUUGAUUUGGGUUUAAAAGAGAGAUGAUUGGGAACAGUCCCCGAGACACCAUUUGGCUGGAGCUUGGGAACAGUGAGGGAUUUCUGUAAUAUAUCUGGAGUUGCUUUAUUGAGCUCUAGGAGCAGGGUAAGAUUCGGCUCAGUCUAUUACACAGACACUGUAACAAGAAUAAAUCAAAAUUGUUAAAAAAAAAAAAUCUAAUAAAGUACUUUUUCAGCUGUGACUUGUAAGUGUCACCAUGAUAGAUGGCAGCACAAUCCAUUAUGCAAAGACAAGGCUCUUAACAUGAUAUUUUAGAAUUCCCGUUCACAAUUUAUAGCAACCCCCCCCUUUGCCCCCCAUAUUUACGGCACAGCCGUCUGUUUUGAUUCAAUCGAGGCAUAAUUGAAACCAGGGCCACGGAUCUCCCUUAGCAAUGCAGGCACUCCUUAAACGGGGAGGUAAAAUAACUGGAUUUAAUAGUAAUAAUGGAGCUAAGGAUUGCUUGCCUUGUUAAGUGUUAUUUGUUUUAUCUUCUUGUCCGGCUGCAAAGGGCUGUCUCUCAGCACUGCUGAGCCUGGGAAAUACCCAUUAAUUACACUGAGGAUGGCAUGCAUAGCAGCAGGAUCUUGGAUGGGAGUGGGAAAAAAGCUUUGGCCCUUCUUCUACUUAAAUACAGAAUUCACCUACCUGACUUAGCACAGCAAACCUGGCAGAAAUGUAGUGUGUUAGUGACUUGACCUGUUUAUUUUUAUUCCUGCUAUUGCUGUCCUUGUUACGACUACAAAAGAGUGGUUGCCAUUUCUUUUCUAUUAUAGCCCAUAGUAAAUAUUUAGCUUUAUUAUUUUCCAAAGUUACAAUAAAGAGUUUACUGAGUUUAAAAGAAAUAAAGCCAAUGGACUUCUACGGCAGAGGUACACUUCAGUGAAGUGAUUGCAAAGUGAUUUGAAUAGAUGCGCUGCUGGAAGCAAACAGAGCGAUCGGUUCAGAACGGCCCUCAAAUGGACCUCGACCCAGGGAAGACUGUAUCAGGUCCUGCUAUAUGGGGCAGUCCAGGCUUCCUGCAGUAAUAUAUCAAGCUGUGUUAUUUGAAGUGAACAAAGUCUGGAAGUUAAGAGGGAGGGGGGGAAAUGCUCAUCUCUUUUUCUUUAAUUACUAUGAAACUUUGUGCAACUGAGAAAAAUGUUACGUGUCUUAACAGCCUCCAUCCCAGAGGUCAAUUCUGCGCAGUCAAAGGAGCCCAGAAAAAUCCAAGUGCACACCAACUAUAAAGAAAUAUAAUAUUUUUUUCAGAGCUCAAAACUGUUCUGGCAAAGACUAGGUUAAACCAUAGGACAGUUUCACCGAUGUUAUUGAAGUAACGAAGAAUCACAUUUUCUAGUAAAGCAAACCAAUCUGCUUGUUUUGCGUGAAGAUUUCCGAAGGCAGCUCCAGUCAAUGAGGAGGACUCUGUAUCAAAGCUGCGUCUACAGAGCAACACUGGAGACUCUUGUCAUUACCAUGUGUAAUAAUUUUCCUGAAGUCUGGAACUAAUUUUUUGAGAAAUUUUUUUUUCUCGACACUUUGUGUUUCUAACACUGUAUUCUUGACUGUGUAAAUACUCCGAGGCUGUAAAUAAGGCAGAUGUAGAUACCUUCUAGAAAAUCAAAAACAGAAGUGACCGUGUGUAGCCUUCGGUGACAAAUAAAAGAAUAUUUUGUGUUUAA